AUACUUUUGGGAAAUUUUUCCAAUACUGUGUUUACGCUAGGUCAAGGGUGUUACAUGUUAGCAAAUCGCUUACUGGAAAAGUUUGAAAAAGUCAGACUGCUAGGGGUGAGACCAUAAUGUAUGGACGACUUUUGAGUGGCGUCAAAAUGACCUUGAGGAUGUCUACGUAAUUAUAAGGGCUAAACGAGGGUUAUAACACAGGUUUAUAUAUAAACCUAUGUGGAGUAUAAGAACUAUGAUUAACGAAUAAUGGUUAGGGUUGGGAAUCAGAUUUGGGGUUUAAAUCAUGGGCUGACACCAGCUAAAAUGACUAAGCGUUGUUUAGCUAAAUAGGUGAGUGUAUUUCGCGUCAAAAUCCAAAACUUGUUGUCGUAAAUCUGAAUGGUUCGUCUAUAAAUUGUAGUCCUGCGUAAUAAACCCUCAUUCGUCACGAACUUAAAUCAGUUGAAAUUGGAAGAUGAAUAUCAGUUUGGUUCGUCUCUAUACUCUACUUCUUCCCAAUGUUCUUGCUCGUCCUAUUUUAGUGGUUGGUUAGGUGUUAAUAGUAUUCACUGUAAUCUUUUAUACAUCAUUUUCUUUAGUUUUAUCUUAAAUACUUUCAUGCUGUGUGAAUACAUGUCAUGCGUUAUAUCUUGGGCUGUCUUCCGCAAUUAAUGUUACACCACUAAUCUUUCUGAGGCGAAGGUUUUACCAAGCGUGCGAUCUCCGAAUGUAUUUUUAAGGGCCAUAUAUCCACCAAUGUCUUUUUCUGUGUCAGCUCUAUUCUCAGUUUAAUUGCGAUCCCAUGUUUUUUUGUCUCAGAUAUCAAGCCAGUAUUAUAUUUAGAUUCAUAUUUGUGUAGUAGGGACAGACAGCCUGUUAUUCCUUUUCUAGUAUGCUUCUGUGAGUGUCUAGUCUUCUCUUGAAUGAGUCAAUUGAAAGUGCGGACACAAGUCCCAAGAAUUGAUGACUUGGUGUGAAAACCUGUCUGCCACGGGUAUUUUGUUCGUUCUUGGCUUUUCUACUUGCCUGCUAUGUCCUCUGAGAUGUCCCGAUCUAAUGGGAAGAAAAAGAGAGGAUGUAUUAGAUCAGAAAUCAUUUCUUAGUAUUCUAUACAUCGAAACCAGAUCACCUCUUAAUCUGCGAUAGGACAGGGUAAAGAGAUCUAGCUUUUCUAGUCCCUCUUUGUAUGGUAAACCCCAGAGUUCUGAAAUUGCGCGGGUAGUUGCCCUCUGUGCUUUUUCCAGGAUAUCUGAGUCACAUUUUAAACAGGGGCUUGCAGCCUGAACAUAGGCUUCAAGCUUAAUUCUCACUAUGGUUGUAUAUACUGUAGUGAACAUAGUAGUAUCUACCCGACUGUAGCUGCUACCUUGACGCGGUGGUCGGGCUUGCCUAUCGUGAUUACCCAACCGAGCUAUUAUGUCUGGAACAUAUGUUCUUGUAGGUUCUACCAUGCUAGGCAGGUCGAUUGGAGAACGGUAAGACUAAAAGCAGCAACUCAAGGUCUGAGGGCGGAUUCGUACUGCUGACUGUAGAGGGGUGUGACAGCAGUAAGGUGUUUCCCUCGGAAAACCAGCAUCUGCAGCGAUGCAGCCUUCUCACAAGGAAGGAAGGGGUUAGAAAAGGUCGACCCUAAAAAUAUCACAACUCACCUUACCUCACAGAUUUUCGUCUCCGGCGGUAAGACCCUUUGAAGAACGGAGCUAACACGUCAAAAACCUUCCUCAAAAGGUCGUGCGCGGCCGGCCUCAAGCAGUUGUCCCUUGGGCUCUGCGGUCACGCCCCCAGGUCUUUAAGACCAACACUAAUUCAAUUUCCUUUCCAGGUUCCUCAAGAAAUACCCUUCCACGGUGUGGGCAGCCGGGAGGUGACACCAGCCCUCAUACCCGUAACAGCACACGAGACCAAGUUGGUCACAUUCAAAUUCUUCUUACACCUCCUAAUAUCUCUCUUAUUUCCCCGACUAACCUUUCUCACGUUCUUUUAUCAGCUCGUACCGCUAGCGCAAACGAUUCGAGUACGCGGAACGUUACACCUGGUCUCCUGAAACCACGCUCUAAACUUCAUGUUAGAGCUUAUAACGUCCGAACACUGUGCCAAAUAGGACAACAAGCUUCCUUAGCUAGGCUAUUUAAAAUCUCGCGCCAUCGAUGUGUGCUGUGUCUCCGAAACGCGCAUACAGGAUCCGAGUAGCGUCAUUCAUUUGACCUCACCAUAUCAAAAUAAAGAACCAACUCGAUUCACACUUUGUGUAUCUGGGAGCCCUGAUGCUGCUUCUCGUGGCCUCGCCGGCGUAGGUAUAGCAUCGAGUCCUAGGGCAAAACUAGCUCUCUUAGACUGGAUCCCAGUAGACAGUCGUUUGUGCGCUGUUCGACUAAACGGAACAGUAAGGACUCGGAAAGAUAGGGACACUUGUCGUUGCCUCUUCGUCGGCUCUGCCUAUUCUCCCACUGACUGACUGAGUAUCUAACUAGGUGAAUGUUCGUCUUAAAGCACAUAGGGUUCUAAACCCCUUAUCUGCAACCUCCUGGCAGUGGGCCGUGGUCUUAAGAUCAUGACUCACUGUGACUCCAUGAUCCUUGUGAGACCGGACCACGGGUACAGACACUUCCUCUAUACUGUACCUAUUUACCUUUACAUCCCCAAAGUGCAUGUAGAUACACUUUGCCACGUUGAUAGGCAUCAGCCUCUCUUUAGACCAGCUAAUCACAAUAUUUAAGUCUGCCUGAAGUGCUCAUGCAUCUGUGUCUCCCGUUAUUUCUCUCCAGGUUUUUACAUCAGCGUAUAAUAACUUGAGGGAUUCAACUAUACUUGGGAGAUCAUUUACAUACAGUAUAAAAAGUAAGGGGCCUAGGACUGAACCUUGAGGUACUCCACUAAGUACUGUUCUCCAGGUGGAGAACUUCGAAUUCACUCUUACUUUCUGUCUACGACCUACUAAGAAAUCAGUGUUCACAAACUAGUGUAUAUGUUCGCUGAUUUUAUUAGUUGUUCAUGGUCACUUAGAAGUAUAUCCACAUUUGACCUUGAUAAUUACAUUUUCACACCAUCUAUGGAAUUAUCUUCAACACUUUGGAUAAAAUGUGGCAGUCUUAUUUUCUUGACAUGUCAAACCUCCUGCCUAAUUUUAUUGAUGCGUGUUUCACGUUCAGUUCAGAAUUCGGAGUUAUACUCAGCUUCAACGGUUGUUGUAUGUAGUGAAUUUCUAAAACUUCUACUGUCGAUAUUUUUGGUUUUAUCCCAAGAAGGUGAAAUUAAACGUAGUAUUUCAUCAAUAUAUAAUCAAAUAAUUGUUCAGUAUAAUGAUAUGAUUCAAAUUUUAAUUCCCUCAACUCUUUAUAUUGUACAGAAUAAUUUACUAUAUUUUGCCAUUUCACAUUUGAAUGCCGUUUUAUAUCAGAUACUUUAUCAGAGUAAAAUAUUCACUACUGCUAUAUUUAUGAUACUAUUAUUAAAUCACCGCCUACGUCCAACUCAAUGGUUUGCUCUCUUAUUACUCAGUACAGGUAUUAUCUUAACACAGUUGCCUUCAUUAGAUCAAUCAACAUCGAGCAGUGAAUUCCAUUCAAAUUUUUAUGGGUUGUUGGCAAUUUUAUUGGCUUCUUUUACUAGCGGCUUUGCUGGUGUUUACCUUGAGAAAAUAUUUAAAGGAACGUCAACUUCGAUCUGGAUGCGAAAUCUACAGUUAGGUCUCUUCGGCGUGCCAAUCGGUCUGUUUGGAGUCUUCAUUAACGAUGCAUCAAGAGUCAAAACUCUGGGUUUUUUUUACGGUUACACACCUAUCGUUUGGAUUGUAGUUAUUCUUCAGGCGUUUGGAGGGCUAGCAAUAGCCUUUGUCAUGAAAUAUGCUGAUAACAUUUUGAAAGGUUUCUCUAUGGGUCUAUCAAUGAUUCUGUCAUCUCUCAUAUCUUAUUUCCUGUUUGAUGACUUUACUCCAAACAUGUAUUUAUUUGUCGGAUCCAUAUUAGUUAUCAGUGCAACGCUAAUAUACGGUCUCCCGGCAAAGUAUGACGCAGUCUACCCAAACGUAAACAAAGCAUAAACUUGCAGGAAAUGUUACAUCAACAUAGUGAUAACAAUCAAAAUGUAAAGUGUUUUUUUCUGGAAAAAUAAAAAUGACAAUCUGUUAUAACGCUCGGAUUUCCUUUGUCUUUACGAAUGGGACGCUAAUUUUCCGUAGACGUAUAUCUCCAUUAGAUUUCCUCCCGGUGUCUAUUCUACAGGACUUCAACACAACUCAGAUCAAGAACACGUGAUUAGUCUGACUGAAACGUAAAUAUAUUUACACCAAAAACCGACAACAAGCCGACACAAUCCAGCAACAAUCGAUAAUAAUAAUAACGAUAAGAAAAUAUAUAACUUAUCUAACGCCUGUCAGACUAUCUACAACCAAUCAUUCUCACCCACACGUCACAAUCUUAUAAAAUAUCUACGGCGUUGUACAAGUGUUCAUUGAUUGAGAAUGCUGAGGAACAGUGAUUUCAUUAUCACUGGUAUCAUAAGUAUGGAACUCCGUAGGACUUUCCUGUCUUUGGAAUACUGAUAAUGCGGGUACAGAGUACUUUUCUGCUGCCGCCAACGCUAAUUCCUCUGCAUCUUUUGGUGAAUGACCAUUAUCCAGCUCAGAAAAGUACGUGACAGUAAAUGCUAAACCAUCAUGCAUGAUAUUAUGGAUAGGGUCUAAGUCGACCAGUUCAUUACCUAAUUCUUCACCUAAUACAUCGACAGCAGGUGAUGGAUGAGGAAGAUCAUAUUUUUGGUGUGAUUCAACACGGCAACGAGGAGAAUGUUGUGCUACGCUCAAUCCGCUUAAAGAGUAACACGUGUGAUACGCAUCAGGGUUUUUUCCAGGUUUAUCAAUUAAUCCACCAUCAGAAGUAGAUACAUCGUAUUCAGACGUGAAAUUUUUAUUUGAAGACAAUUUUUCACCAGAAGAAUCAUCUGCAUGCACACUCAGACCUGGACGAGUGUAAGAAACCUUUUGGCAGCAGAGCAGUAUAUAUUCCUAGUAAAGAAUAAAAUUAUGAAUUGAUAAAUUUUCAUAGUUUCUGGUUCUUGAAAACUAUCACAACUUUUAUUAGAUAAAUUAAUAUCAAAUAUUGAGUAAAUGACUAUUUAAUCAAGUAAUUUACAGGAGAUUUAACCCAUUUUGCAGGUAGUUUCUAGUAAUUAGAGAAGCAGUUAACCCUAAGACAACAAUCGACACAUAAGAUUCUGGUGAUGAGCACUAUAACAACCAAUCAACGAGUACAAAUAACUGCUUAGUCGCGAUUCAGUAAUAUAUAUCAUUAUCUUAAUACGUAAUUGUUGUGUCAAAUUAUGGUUAGAACGUAAGUGAAUAUUUGUUAAUCUAUUCAAUUUGAAUAAAUCUAAUACAGGUUUAAUAAUUAAUGGGAUAUGCCAUAAAAAUUAUUAACUUCUUUCAUUGUAAGGAUGAAUUUUUCCAAGGUGACAUAAGAAACCAACUUUAAAAUAUUCAGUAAUAUAUCUUUUCAAUAAAUAUUCUAAACUGAUGAAAACUAAUUUCAAAAGG